AGGUUUUUAAAAAGCCCUUAUUUUAUAACCGGAAUGUAGCUUGAAUCAACCGAUUCACAAUCUUUGUCAAUUUUGCCAUGGGCGGAAGCGAAAGAAAAUCCAAGGAGAAGAGGAAGAACGGAAGAGCGGCUUCGUCUUCUGAAGACGAGAAGAGGAGCAAGAGACCAAGAGCUGCAGAAGAUGAGGAAAGGGAAAGCAGAAGGAGAGAUAAGAGAGAGAAGCGGAAGGAGAAGAAAUCUCACAAGCACUCGAAGCGCGAUUCAGAGAAGAAGUCGAAGGAUAUUCUCAAAGGCAAGCAUCACAGGGACGAUCACCCUUUAAGAGCCAAAAUUGAAGAACUGUCCGAGGAAGACUAUUUCUUAAAGAACAAUGAGUUUGCUACUUGGUUGAAAGAUGAGAAAAAUGUGUAUUUCUCUGAUCUGUCAUCCGAGUCUGCUCGCAAGCUUUUCUCAGAUUUUGUUGAACUGUGGAAUGAUCGGAGGCUUGAAUCUCGAUAUUAUGAGGGUAUUUCAAGCGGGCCUCGAACAUCCCAUAACUGGAAAAUCAAGGGGUGAUAAGUUAGGAUGCGUGGAUUGAACGAACAAGGGAACGGAUGAACAAAAGUUGUCUGAAUUGUUGGAUUGUGGUUUUCCUACUAGUAGGUUCCAGGCAGCUGAUCGAAUCUACUUACCAACACCGAACGUAGAAGAGAGUUCCAUGUUGUUCUCUGUAAAAGUGUAGUCUUACUCUUGCUCUUGAUAUGGAAUGGAAAACUUUUCUUACUUGAAUGUUGUUUUAUAGAUUAAUAUCACUUAGGAAGUUGUAUUCUUUUUAUAGCUGAAGAUUGUGCCCUUCGGAUCCUUUUGGAAAUUACCUGUGACCUAUGCUUUGAUUUACAUUUUGCAUUUAUAGUUUGGUAGUUGAUUUUU